AUGAAAUCUGCCGGCUACUUGGCAGUUUCAUUUCUUGUCAAUUGUUUGGCCGAUGGAUUCAGCUUUACGAAGAGACUUGAUGUGUCCUUAAGGAUCCCAAAACGUAUGAAGCCUGUGGCCGCCCAGCUAGUCUCUCCAAUGAGGAAUUCUGAACCCGGCUUGUUUCUCAAUGAAGUCCAGGAACGACUGUAUGAUUCCACUGGUGUCCUCCUCAGUGUUGAGGGGGUCCACCAAAAUCUUGUAGAACGACUCUCAAUAACCUUGAAAAAACCUGAUACCAAGAGCUGUUGCAAAUUGCUUUUUGCGAAGUAUGUUUUUGUGGAGAACAUGGAGUUUUAUCCCGCUGAUUUCCUUGUUUUUACCAAUGAGAGUUCCUUCUGCAAUAACGAUCUCCUCCGAUCAUACGCUAGUUCAAAGCGAGGGACUCCCGCCGCAAGAUUUUUUAAGAACAACAAUGCAGCCCAAUUGAGUAUGCUUCCAGCAAUCACAAUUGACGGACUUGUUGCCCUCACAAAAACCUUUGAAACCUACACUGGACCAAGGUUCUAG